GAGUCAGCGUGGUUCUCUGCAGGCCUGGCAGGCUCAUAGAGGCAGACGGAAGAAAGAACCUGAAGUUCUCUGUCAGGGCUCAAGUCCAACAGGAACUAGGACCCAGACAAUCACAGGGCACAUUUCAUGCCCUCUGGCCACUGGGCAGAAACCCAAGAGAAGGCUAGGCCGAUUUUUCCUGGAGGAAGACAGCAGCCAGCGCACAGAGCACAGCUGGAUCAGGCUGCUGCAGAGCCCGAGAGCACUGCGAAAGGAGUGACGCCGCGCACCCGCCUCCCGCAGGGACACAGCCAACCGCAGCUGAGCAACGGCCAACAAAGCCAAACGAAGAGCCAAUCACAAGGCACCUUUGAAAGCUCCAGGAUGCAGCCGUCUUCAGCCCUCGCUUGCCUCACUACCCUGGGUCUGGUUCUGGUCUUUGGGAACGGGUUUGCUUUCCACCUCCAAGAGUCCCGUGCAGCCCGUCAGGCCACCGACUUCGGAGUGAGAGUGUUUCGGCACGUGGUCCAGGCCUCCAAGGACCGGAAUGUGGUUUUCUCUCCAUAUGGGGUGUCCUCUGUGAUGGCCAUGCUGCAGCUGACCACGGCAGGGAAAACCCAACAACAGAUCCAAGAUGCUAUGGGAUUCAGAAUCAGUGAGAAGGGCACAGCUCCUGCCCUCCGUCGGCUGUCCAAGGAGCUCAUGGGGCCCUGGAACAAGGAUGAAAUCACCACUGCGGACGCCAUCUUUGUCCAGCGGGACCUGGAGUUGGUCCAGGGCUUCAUGCCCCACUUCUUCAAGCUCUUCCGGACCACGGUGAAGCAGGUAGACUUCUCAGAGGCGGAGAGAGCCAGAUUCAUCAUCAAUGACUGGGUGGAAAAGCACACCAAAGGUAUGAUCAGUAACUUACUUGCCAAGGGAGCUGUGGACCAGCUGACGCGCCUCGUGCUGGUGAACGCCCUCUACUUCAACGGCCAGUGGAAGACCCCCUUCUCAGAGUCCAGAACCCGCCAAGGCCUCUUCCACAAGUCUGACGGCAGCACCGUCUCUGUACCUAUGAUGUCUCAGACCAACAAGUUCAACUACACUGAGUUCACCACUCCUGACGGCCACGACUAUGACAUCCUGGAACUGCCCUACCAUGGCGAGACCCUCAGCAUGCUCAUCGCAGCACCUUUCAAAAAGGAGGUGCCCCUCUCUGCCCUCACCGACAUUUUGGAUGCUGAGCUCAUCAGACAGUGGAAAAGCAGCAUGACCAGACUGCCCCGCCACCUCAUCCUGCCUAAGUUCUCCUUAGAGACUGAAGUGGACCUCAGAGGGCCCCUGGAGAAUCUGGGCAUGACUGACAUGUUUAGCUCAACCGAGGCCAACUUCACAAGUCUUACUGACCAAGAGCAGCUCUCGGUAGCACAGGCUCUACAAAAAGUCAAGAUCGAGGUGAAUGAGAGUGGCACGGUGGCGUCUUCCUCCACAGCCAUUCUAAUCUCAGCCCGCAUGGCCCCUCCAGAGGUGAUUAUGAACCGACCCUUCCUCUUUGUGGUUUGGCACAAUCCGACAGAUACAAUCCUCUUCAUGGGCCAAUUGAUGGAGCCGUGAGAACAGGAAGAGAAGCCUUCAUUUGGGACAAAACUGGAGAUGCUAUAAGCAGAAACUCUGAAGAAAAGAACUGUCUUAAGGACUCUUUCGGAAGAGAGAGAAGGCAUUUCCUUUUCACUCCCAUGCCGGUAAAUCUUUCCAACUAGCCUCCCAGACCUCAGACUCUCGAAGCGGAAAGAAUCUAACUCCCUCACUAGGGACCCCUGUCCCACAGAGGUCUCUAAUAUAAACCAUAGGACUCACUGAAAACCUGGAUCUUUCCACCAUUUCAGCCUUUGGAGCCGGUUCCCACCAAGGUCCCAGCAGGGCAGGGCCACAAGGCUUUCACUCAACACGCUCUGGUGAAGGUCAUUUGUGUUCCAGUCACACUGUGGCCACCUCUCUCCUGUCUGCCAUUGCCAUGGCAGG